GCCGGCGCACGGCAGCCUUCUCCGCUGCGGCCGCCUGCGCUGCGGCCGGAAACAAUAGUGGAGGAACCUGGGCCGCGCGGAUCGGCUGCGGCGGCGCGCGAAGCCGGACGGGGCACUAUGAACGAAGAGGAGCAGUUUGUAAGCAUUGAUUUGAAUGAUGACAACAUCUGCAGUGUUUGUAAACUGGGAACAGACAAAGAAACACUCUCCUUCUGCCACGUUUGUUUUGAGCUAAAUAUUGAUGGAAUACCAAAAUCUAAUCUCCUGCACACCAAAUCAUUAAGGGGCCAUAAAGACUGCUUUGAAAAAUACCAUUUGAUUGCAAACCAGGAAUGUCCUCGAUCUAAGCUUUCAAAAAGUACUUAUGAAGAAGUUAAAACCAUUUUGAGUAAGAAGAUAAACUGGAUUGUACAAUAUGCACAAAAUAAGGAUCUGGAUUCAGAUUCCGAAUGUUCUAAAAAUCCUCAGCAUCACCUGUUUAAUUUCAGGCAUAAGCCAGAUAAAAAGUUACUCCCACAGUUUGACUCCCAAGUACCAAAGUAUUCUGCAAAGUGGAUAGAUGGAAAUGCAGGUGGCCUCUCAAACUGUACACAAAGAAUAUUGGAACAGAGGGAAAAUACGGACUUUGGGCUUGCUGUGUUACAAGAUUCAGGUGCCACUUUAUGCCACAAUAGUGAAUUGUGGCCUCAUAGUCACAACCAGGAACAGAAAAAAGAAGAGACAGUCUCUAAUCCAGAGGCUAAUGUCCAUACCCAGCAUCCACAUUACAGCAGAGAAGAAUUGAAUUCGAUGACUCUUGGUGAGGUAAAGCAACUGAAUGCAGAGCUCCGACAACAAAUACAGGAAGUUUUUGAAGAGUUAGCCCACCAAGUGCAAGAAAAAGAUUCUUUGGCCUCAGAGCUCCAUGUCCGCCACAUUGCCAUCGAACAGCUUCUCAAGAACUAUUCCAAGUUACCGUGUCUGCAAAUGGGACGAACGGGAAUGAAGUCACACCUACCCAUAAACAACUGAACUCAACUUACACGUCCUUCCUAUGGCCUGCCAUUUUUUUGGCCUGCCGGGCAUGCACACUUUGAAGAAGUUGAAGAAAGUUAUGGUCAAUUAUUUUAUGGUCAUUAAAUUUGCAAAACUUAAGGCAGUGUUUAACAUCUUUGUCAAAUAAAGCAGAUCAUUACACUCUAGUCUUCUAGGGUUAAUCAUUUUGGUUCAUUUGGGAAAUCUUUUUUCCCAUAAUUACUAAACAGCCCUCCCUAACUUUUACCACAUGUGACUACUUAAAUAUACUGUUAGAGUGUGACUUUGUUAAACAUGGUUUAAUGUAAUUCACCUGUCAGAACAACAGAAGGUUAACAAAGUUCUUAGGUUAGUCUAAACUACUAAAGAUAACAUUUAAGAGGUAAAUGGAAUUCAUAUCACCUCUUAUUUAUUGAGCAAUAUUUUAAUAUGAAAAUUUUAUAUAUAAAAAUAGUAUUUUAGGUACCUUUUCAUUCUGUUUAUAAAUGUGUAUUUGAAUGGCUCUGUAUAUUAUAUUUACACUUUCAUGUGUGAAUGUUACCCAUAUUUCGGAUCACUGCAUUUUAUUCUCUUAAUAAUGUUUUUACAGCUGUUAUCUUAUUUUCCAAAGAUAAAUGUAUUUUGGCAUAGAAAUCUAUCUAGUUGAAUUGUUUUGACUUCUAAUAACUUAUGAAAGAGGAAUUAAUAACUUUUUAAAGCAAGUAUACAGGAAAAUAAAAGACAUUAUUUUUUUCUAACAAAAACAGUUAUGAGUUCAAGAAGAAAAUGCUAAUCUAGUUUCUGUAUGUCAGCUUGUCUCCAGAGAAGUAAAAGCCUAUUCUACGUCAUUAUUACUUUCAUUCUAAUGACUUUGAUGUGUUAGAUUUGGACAGAAUUUAAGUCAAGUCUCACUUUCAAGUCAAAUGUAAUGUCUAUCUUCAAAUAUAAUAUGCCAUGAAAUUGUCCUAUCUUUGAAAAAAAUUAAAAUCAUUUUGUGUGCCACUUAAAAGUUCAAGAAUCCUUCAACUGUCCAAAUUCUAUUAUCAACAUCACUGAAAGUAGUGCCCAAAGAAAGCAUUUUCUAAACUUCAGAAUCUAAAGGAAAAAAGAAGAUUGCUAGUCACAGAAAAACAAUUCUAAUUCAAAAAAAGUCCAUUUUUAAGAGGAUACUCUUAUUGCCUAUCAUGUUUCCAAAGAGUUCCGAGCUAAUAGUUUGUCUCAAACAGCUAGAUAAGUUUUCAAAUAAUAUAGUAAAAGCUAUAACCAAUGCAGAAUUAAAAUGGGCUCCAAAUUCUGUUUUCAACUGGUACUUAGAAUGUAUUUAUGAGGUGAGAUCCUUUGCUUGAAAGAAUCCACAGAAAAGCCCAUUAACUUGGCAGUUUCACACAUAAAGAUAUGAAUAACUUCUGCCUUAAAUUUGGCAGCCUGCCCUGGUUUGGGUCAAAUUUUAGUCUUGAACACAAAGAGUAUUUGACUAAGCAAACAACACCUCAAUCUAGUAGAAAACAACUUUUUGUAACGCUAAAAUGUGUUAAAUUUGCCUGAGGAUAUCAAUUGAUAUCUCACUGAUUUUGUUUUCUUUGAAAUAUGACAUAACUGCUUUUCGGAGGGAGCUUUUGAAAGAUGAUGUUUUCAAUUUCUCUCAAUCCUUUGAGUCACCCAGAAUGAAUUUAAAAUCCACGGAGUGGGGAUGCAUCGCCUUAGUUUUGAUAAGCUUUAAUUGAAUGUGUACAAUAUCAAAAUCUCUAUAAAUUAUAAGUUGAAUAAAGACAUUUCCUGAUGA